GAUAGUCGCCUAAAAGAAAACAUGAAUCUAAAAUUCAUUUCAACCUUUCUCUGCUUUGUCCUGCUUCAUUCAUCAAAAGCAUUUGGCGACCAUUUCACUAAUAAAAAUGAAUUAGAAACUUAUAUAGUACAACUUGAGUUUCCUGAACAAGUUUUCUCUAAUUCAAAAGAUUUACAUCUCUGGCAUCAAUCAUUUUUGCCUACAAAUUCGCAUAGUUCAUCAAACAUUUUAUAUUCUUAUCGUCAUGUGUUCAACGGUUUUGCUGCUACGUUAUCGUCAGAUGAAGUGAAAGAAAUGGAGAAAAAACCCGGCUUUGUGUCGGCGCGUCCCCAACGGGUACUGCAGAUGCACACCACACAUAGUCCAAGUUUCCUUGGCUUGCACCAGAAAGUUGGCUUGUGGAAUGCAUCAAAUUCAGGUAAAGGUGUGAUCAUUGGCUUAUUAGAUACUGGAAUUGCUCCUCAACAUCCUUCAUUUAAUGACAAUGGAAUGCCUAAUCCACCUGUUAAAUGGAAAGGGAAAUGUGAAUUCAAUGUUACAACUAAUUGUAACAAGAAGCUUAUUGGAGCAAGAAAUUUUGCACAUAAGUCCCCGUUGGACGAAAAUGGACAUGGAACACAUACUUCAAGCACAGCCGCAGGGAACUUUGUGGAUGGUGCCAAUUAUUUUGGUAAUGCCAAUGGCACGGCAGUUGGCAUUGCGCCACGGGCCCAUGUGGCCAUGUACAAGGUCUGUUACUUUAGUUGUCUAGAAUCCAAUGUCAUAGCUGGUCUUGAUGCUGCAAUUGAAGACGGUGUGGAUGUGAUGUCCAUUUCACUUGGAGUAGACGUGUCUCCACCUUUAUAUGAUGAUUAUAUGGCAAUUGGUGCGUACAGCGCGAUUGAGAAGGGAAUUUUCGUAAGUUUUUCUGCAGGAAAUUAUGGACCAGAUAAUGGUAGUGUAAUAAACGGGGCCCCGUGGAUUCUAACAGUUGGUGCUAGCACAACAGAUAGAAAGAUAAGGGCGGUAGCAGUUUUGGGUAACGGAGUAGAGUAUGAGGGCGAAUCAGCCUUUCAACCAACUAAUUUUUCACGAAAGUUGUUACCAAUCGUGAAUGGUAAUGCCUGUGAAUUGUUGAAUACAAGCGAUGUCAAGGGUAAAAUAGUGUUGUGUGAUACAAGCGGUUACAAAUCUAGAACAACCAAAGGAGGAGGAGUGAAAAAUGCUGGUGGUGCUGGCAUGAUUCUUGUGAACGAUAAGAAACGUGGCUCGACAACAUUUUCGGAAAAUGAUGUCCUUCCCACAACAAAUGUUGGUUACAAUGAUGGACAAAUGAUCAUAAACUAUACCAAAUCAACAUCAACACCAGUUGCAACGAUAUCAUUCAAGGGAACGAGAAUUGGAGACAAGCACGCGCCAACGGUUGCUUACUUUUCUUCCAGGGGGCCAUUUAUGCAGAAUCGAGGCAUACUAAAGCCUGACAUUAUUGGCCCUGGAGUGAAUAUCCUUGCAGCGUGGCCUACCCCUGUAGGGAUCACAACAACAUCUGUAACUGCAACUUCAUCGACGUUUAACUUUCUUUCUGGAACAUCGAUGUCUUGCCCUCACCUUGCAGGAAUUGGAGCACUGUUAAAAGGCGCACAUCCAGAUUGGUCUCCAGCUGCAAUUAAAUCCGCAAUCAUGACCACAGCUGAUUUCAUCAACCUUGGCAAGGAUCCAAUCCUGGACGAGACACUUAAACCUGCUGAUCUACUUACAUUUGGGUCAGGGCACGUGAAUCCAUCAAGAGCAAAUGAUCCGGGACUCGUUUAUGACAUCCAGCCAGAAGAUUACAUCCCAUACUUAUGUGGCUUGAAAUAUACAGAUGAUCAAGUCACUGCCAUUGUGAAAAAGAAGGUACAUUGUAGGUCAAUCAUAUCUCGAUCAGAGUUGAACUACCCGUCAUUUUCCAUUCCUAAGGAAUCAAGUGCUAAAACAUACACGAGGACUGUGACUAAUGUCGGAGAAGCAAUUUCAGCCUACACAGUUAAAGUAUUUGGGCUCAAGGGCAUCAAGGUGACUGUUAAUCCUAAGAUUUUGAUAUUUAAAACGUUGUUUCAGAAGGCGUCGUAUAAUGUAACAGUUAAGUCAUCAGAUCUUACAGGACAUUCACAGGGAUACAUAAUUUGGUCUUCUGAUAGACAUUCUGUAAGAAGUCCAAUAGAAGUAUUUCCACAUAUCAGUGUGAUUUAAUUGAUUGGAUUUGUUAUAAGAGAUGACAAUUAUUAUUAGGCAAAUUCA